UCAGUGGUACAGGGUGCUCCAGGGGUCACUGAUUUGGGGUGCCCUGGGGUUACCCUGCCAUGGAACACCCCAGAGGUCCCUGACUUGGGGUGCUCUGGGGGUCCCUGACACGGGAAUUUCUGUCAUGGGGUGCUCUGGAAGUCUCUGUCAUGGGAAUUCCUGUCAUGGAGCACCCCACGAGUCCCAGCUGUGGGGGGCCCUGCCCCGGGGUGCCCUGGGGUGCCCUGACUCGGGGGUCCCCACAGGGUACAUCCCUAGUUACCUGGACAAAGAUGAACAGUGUGUGGUGUGCGGGGACAAGGCCACCGGUUACCACUACCGCUGCAUCACUUGUGAGGGCUGCAAGGGGUUUUUCCGUCGGACCAUCCAGAAGAACCUGCACCCCACCUACUCCUGCAAAUACGAUGGGUGCUGCGUCAUCGACAAGAUCACCCGCAACCAGUGCCAGCUCUGCCGCUUCAAGAAAUGCAUCUCCGUGGGCAUGGCCAUGGACCGUGAGUUGGGGGGCUCAGGGGGGCUCGGCUGGUGGGGCAGGUUGGGGUCCCAGCACCGUGGGGAACAUUGGG